UUUGAGUAUGCUUCUAGAUAGGCUAAUUGUACUGCCCAUAUUUUAGCAAAACUAGCUAGAACUAAGGUGUGUGCGGGGUGGAUGGAAGAUCCACCUUUAGAGAUGUUGAUACUCUUGUAAAAGAUAUUACGGCGAUCAUCUUGCAAUAAAAAAUACUUUGAUGUAAAUAAAAUUAUUAGCAGUAUACACUUUGGGUUCGUCGGGGGUUUCUGCGAGGGAGUUUUUCUACGAGGGUGUUUUCAACAAAAUACUCUCUCUAGCGCCUGCCACCCGUGCCCCCACCCCGACUUCCCCAUGCCAGCCGCGUGCGCCACGCGCCCACGCCGGCGGCCGCACCUCACGGUCUCCCGCCGCUGCCCGCGAUCAUCCGCCGCGCACGUUCCCGCCAUCCGCGGUCUUCUGCUGCACCACAUGAUCCUAUUUCUCCGUGGCGGCGGCGUCCCCAUCCAGCUGGGACUGGAUCCGCUGGAGCCGCCACUUCGCGGAGGUCGACCAGGCCGAGAGCUACGCUUCCGUCCUCCGCUUCCAGCUCGAGGGUUUCAUGGGGAGCGCUUCUCUGACCAUUGAGCCCAGUUUCCGUCAGACAUUCAUAGGCGAGGUCCGGCGCGUAUGCACACUAGGUGCUCGACCAAAAGCCAGAGGCAUAGCAGCAGUGCGGUCCAGCGGGAGCAGCAAGCACCAGGCAGAGAAGGGGCGGCGGGGGCGGAACAGACCAUGGCACGGCAAGGAGGCCAGCGCUCUGGGCAAGCAGCGCGGACCGGAUGGAACAGCGCGGUGGUGUGGGCACCCCGUUAUUGUCGGCGCAGCGACCACUGUCGUGCUGCUCGGACCUGAUUCGCCUCCCCUUAACGCAGCAUUUUGGACGCUGCCUCCUAGCCUGUCGUCGUGUGGAGGAGACUGCACGGAGAAGCGACUUGGUUGGUUCUAGUCCUGUCAGUGCUGAGCUCGAGGAUGGCACCGGGACAGUGAACAACAUAUUGAGUUAUUCCAAGAGGAAACAACCCAGAUACUGAACCAAAAGGGGAUCGGCGGCACUGGGGGUGAGGGCCGGAAUCUGUCCGUGUACCUUGCGGUAUGCUGUCGGGACUGGUCUGUUUCUCAAACCAAGGCUCCCCUGUACAAGGUGGAAAUUGCCCUCUCCAAUUCCGACGACCCUUCUUUGCUGCCGGGAGCGGAGCCUGCUGGCCGGGUAACCCUGCACCGAGCCCGUAAUCUGGAAACUAACAUGAACGGCAAGACCUUCGUCUCCUUGUAGUCAGGGUGGAUAGUCGGCAUCGGGGGCAAUCCUGGCAGCACCAUCAUCUUUGACACCAAGAGUGGGAGAAUGAUCCGCGGGCCAAACCUGGUGGCCAGGAAGUGGAGCCCUGUGGUGGCGGUCGUCGGGGACAUGAUCUAUGCCCUCACAUCAACCCCUGACCACGUUCAAGAGCCCAACUUCGUGCCAUUGUUUGAGGUCCUCGAUCUCUCCAAGCCGGACGUCAUCGAGACUGCGGAGGGGGUGCUCAGCCUGGCGGACACGUGCACCUGGAUGCCAUUGCCGUACCCGCUCUGCUUCCCUUGCAAGCUCACCCCGACGGACUUCCGCAGGCCGCCCAUGAUAAGUGUCGCGUCCUCCGUGGUGGUCGAGCCUUACAUUUUGAUAUCGGUCAGUCGCCCGUACAACUUUACUUAUGCAUUUGACACCAGCUCAGGAGAGUGGCAUCAGGUCGAGGGCGAGCAACUGCCGUUUGUUGGCGCCGCCGCCCCGCACGGCGGCGGCAUCUUCCUUGCGCCUUCUCACAAGUACGGCCCCAUCAAAGCUUACUGCAUCCGAGUCUCAACAUCUGGCAAGGGUGGUGCUAUUGAGUUGUCCACCACUGUCAUCCCGGUGAGAAACGAGGAGCAUGAAGAAAUUAACGCAAGGGGCGCGCGCUACGUUCACCUGGACAGGGAACACUUCGCUCUGUUGUCUUGGCAGAAGGACAGCGGACGCUACAUGUCUUACGAUACAAAGACUGACGAAACUUAUCCAAGGAAGUUAUAUCUGAACUUGGUUACCUAUCGAACUGGGAGGUGUGUACUCGAGGGGAAGACUCCGGAGAUUGUUGUCUCCUGCCAAUCGGAGCAGGCCUUCAGGAUCUGCAGUUCCCCUGGGUUCUCUGAUGCGCCCAUCGCCUUCACUUUAUCCAUAUAUAAAUAA